AUGGUGUACACCUGCCGCCCGCUGACCAACCCCGACAAAGUCAUCAUUGCAUGCAGCGAGUUCACCUGGAUCUUCGUGUGCUCCAUCUUCCUGGCACUGUUCGUGGCCUACGGUAUCGGCGCGGUAAGCUCACGGGACAUGAUCAGAAACGAUGUGGCCAAUGCAUUCGGCAGCAGCGUGGGCGCCAAGGCGCUCACGAUGAAACAAGCGAUCGUGAUAGCGGCAUUCUGCGAGUUCGGAGGCGCCGUGCUGUUGGGUGCGGGUGUGACCGACACCAUCCGCGGCAAAAUUGCCGACCUCAACUAUUACAAGAACAAGCCCGACCUGUACAUGUACGGCAUGCUGUGCGCCAUGCUGGCCACCGGCAUCUGGCUGCUGCUGGCCACUUACCUGGAGCUGCCCGUGUCCACCACCCACUCCAUCACCGGCGCUGUCAUUGGCAUGUCCUGCGUCGCUGGUGGCUUCGACUCUGUUGUCUGGAGCGCCGAGAAAGACAGCUUCCCUUUCCUAUCUGGAGUGUCGGUCAUCGUGAUUUCGUGGUUCACUUCUCCAAUCCUGGCCGGCCUGGGCGGCGCCAUCCUCUUCCUCUUCACUCGCCAUGCCGUGCUGCGCCGCCAGAACAGCUACAAGCUGUCCCUGUUUAUGCUGCCCCUCUUCACUUUGCUCACCGUCUACAUCAGCUGCUACUACAUCAUCCAGAAGGGCCCCAAGCUGGCAGACAAGGUGUCUGACUCUACCAACGCCUGGAUCUCCGCCUGCUUUGCCGUGGGCGGCUGCCUGAUCGCCAUCCUGAUCGGUGUGCCGCUGAUCAAGCGCCAGGUGGAGCGCGACUGGGAGGAGCUGAACAAGCCCAAGGUCAUCCCAGAGCUGCACGCCCCGGGUGCCAAGGACUCUGACGGCGUCAAGGGUGACAUGGAGUCUGGCUCCGACACCGCCGCCAGCCCCGAGGACGCCGAGAAGCCUGCCGUCGGCGCUGGCCACUCCUCCCGCACCCCCGCAAUGUUCAAGGACAUGCGCAAGUCGAAGCUGUUUGGCGCGGUCACCAAGUCUUCCAACUUCGACAUCCACGAGGUCAUCGGGGAGGACAAGACCGUCAACGAGCUGCACAACAACGCCGAGCAGUUCGACCGCAAGACCGAGAUUUCCUUCAAGUACCUGCAGGUCUUCACCGCCAUGUGCAACAGCUUUGCCCACGGCUCCAACGAUGUGGCCAACGCCGUCGGCCCCUUUGCCGGCAUCUACGCCGUGUGGCAGUGCACGUGCGUCUCCUCCAAGUCCGAUGUCCCCAUCUGGAUCCUGGUCAUUGGCGGCGUUGGCCUGGUGAUUGGCCUGGCCACCUACGGCUACAAGAUCAUGCGCGUGCUGGGCGUGAAGAUGACCAAGCUGACCAACUCGCGCGGCUACUGUGUGGAGCUGGCUGCCGCUGCCGUCAUCAUUGUGGGCUCCCGCUACGGCCUGCCCCUGUCCACCACCCAUUGCAUGGUGGGUGCCGUCACCGGCGUGGGCCUGGUGGAGGCUGUGUCUGGCCGCAAGCCUGAGAACGCACACACCGACAACAAGCACGCCUUCAACUGGAAGCUGCUGAUCAAGUUCUUCUUCGGCUGGGUGGCCACGCUGGUGGUUGCGGCGCUCACUUCUGCAGCCUUCACCGCCCAGGGCGUGUACGCUCCGUUCCGCACCGACACCUACCAGCGCGUUGCUGACACCACAGAGCUCAACACCACCGCAAACUACAUUGCCGGCAACAUGUCUGUGUAUGCUGCUGCCACCAACAACGCGCUGUUCGCCGAGCAGGCCAGCAUCAUGCUGGCGGCCUGCAACAGCGAGGCCGUGCCCAACCCUCCCACCAGCUUUGACUACAUCAGCACGUGCGUUGAUACUGUCAUGCUCGCCCUCAACAUCACCACCUACCCCCAGACCGCUUAA